CAGCUCCUGAGGCAGAGGCGACCGACGGGCUUCCCCCCGGGGCCGCCGCGGCUGCCAUUCAUUGGCAACAUCUGCUCCCUGGCCAUGUCGGCCGAGCUUCCCCACGUCUACAUGAGGAGGCAGAGUCAGGUGUAUGGCGAGGUAGGCCGCGCCACAGACCUUCCUUCCGCCAGAAGCCGCGGCCAGAGACCGCCGUGGGCCUGACGCCCGUCAAGGGAAGCCCGCUCCGAGGGCCGCGCCGCCAACCGGAAGCCACCUCAGCGCUGCCACACCAGAGGCGAUUCGGGUUGAGUUUCCCUCGCACAGUGCUCUGUGUGGCCUGUGUCUGAGAUGCCUGCUCCUAAGAGAAAUUUCUCGGCCCUGUGGCCCCUGAGCUUGUGGGGAAAAUGAAGAGACGUUGUGAGUUUCUAGGACAGAGUUAGUGGUUGAUUUUCAGUUUAGAUCUUGGAGGUAUAUCAACUGUGGUUCUAAAUGGCUAUGAUGUAGUAAAAGAAUGCCUUGUUCAUCAAAGUGAAAUUUUUGCAGAUAGACCAUGCUUUCCUUUGUUCAUGAAGAUGACAAAAAUGGGAGGCUUACUCAAUUCCAGAUAUGGCCGAGGAUGGAUUGAUCACAGAAGAUUGGCUGUUAACAGUUUUCACUAUUUCGGAUGUGGCCAAAAAUCUUUUGAAUCUAAAAUCUUAGAAGAAACUUGGUUUUUAAUUGAUGCUAUUAAAACAUACAAAGGUAAACCUUUUGACCUCAAGCAACUAAUAACAAAUGCUGUUUCAAACAUCACUAAUCUGAUCCUUUUUGGAGGACGAUUCACUUAUGAAGACACUGAUUUUCAGCAUAUGAUUGAGUUAUUUAGUGAGAAUGUGGAACUAGCUGCCAGUGCUCCUGUCUUCCUGUAUAAUGCAUUUCCAUGGAUUGGCAUCUUACCUUUCGGAAAACAUCAAAAGCUUUUCAGAAAUGCAGAUGUGGUCUAUGAUUUUCUUUCAAGACUUAUUGAAAAAGCUGCAGUCAACAGAAAGCCCCAUUUACCUCAGCAUUUUGUUGAUGCCUAUUUAGAUGAGAUGGAUCAAAGUAAAAAUGAUCCUUUAUCUGUGUUCUCCAAAGAGAAUCUAAUUUUUUCAGUGGGUGAACUCAUCAUUGCUGGAACUGAAACUACAACCAAUGUGCUACGCUGGGCAAUUCUUUUCAUGGCCCUUUAUCCUAAUAUUCAAGGACAAGUUCAUAAAGAAAUUGAUUUAAUUAUGGGAUAUAAUAGGAGGCCUUCUUGGGAAGACAAGUGUAAAAUGCCUUAUACUGAAGCAGUUUUACAUGAAGUUUUAAGAUUCUGUAAUAUAGUUCCACUGGGGAUUUUCCAUGCAACCUCUGAAGAUGCAGUUGUACGUGGUUAUUCUAUUCCUAAGGGGACAACGGUCAUUACAAAUCUUUAUUCUGUUCACUUUGAUGAAAAGUACUGGAAAGACCCAGACAUGUUCUAUCCUGAGCGAUUUUUGGACAGUAAUGGACAUUUUACUAGAAAGGAAGCUUUCAUUCCUUUUUCUCUAGGGAGAAGACACUGUCUUGGAGAACAGCUGGCUCGGAUGGAAAUGUUCUUGUUCUUUACAGCAUUGCUUCAGCAAUUUCAUUUGCAUUUUCCACAUGAGCUAGUUCCAAACAUAAAACCCAGGUUAGGCAUGACAUUGCAACCCCAGUCCUACCUCAUCUGUGCAGAAAGACGCUGAAAGUACUGUUAUUAGAGGAUUACCUUGUUUGAUCAAUAAUGAUAUUUGGGCCAAAGCCACAGUUUUAUAAAGCCAAGUGAACAUGGAUACAUUGUUUAAAGUAGUACUAAAACAAUAACAAGCACUAGCUAUGUUUUUCUAAUUUCCACACUCUUGUAGAAUAUAUUGGAUGACACAAUGGUGCAGGUGUUAUGUAGAUACAAAAAGGGCCAUGGAUGCACAAAACAGAAUUAUUCUUUAGUAUAAGGUUUCUCUGAUCUGACUCCAUCUUGGGGAACUUAGCUUUUUACUUCCAAACUGACUCCUUUAUGAUCAAGUGUUGUGAUUAGCAAACUGUGAUAUCAAUCCGGGAUGAAAGAAGAAAUAAAACCCACAUAAAUGAA